AUGCUCGCGGUUGGAGUGGUGAUGGUUGUCGAGAAAGCAUUGAUCGCCUUCCUCAAGUUCUGCACGAAGCUGCCGCCGAAACUCGCCCGUCGAUCGCCGCAUAUCCAGCCAAAUUUGACAGUGCACGACCGCUGCUUUGGACGGGUGCCUGCAUCUUGUGCGACGCUCAAGGGCGCGCCCUCGCAUACGCGACAUGAACACCGCCGGAGCGGCGGCGGCGUGGCCGAGCUCGACCCUUCAUCAGAGCAAGAGCCUGAUGCCGCCCAGAUGCCACCACACGGCUGCCUCCACGAACAGAGCCCCCCUUCCCUACCUCCGCGAGGGCUUUUAGACUCGACCGAACCAUUCUUGCUGUUCGUUGCUGGAUGCCCACAGAUCCCACCUAUCCCCAAAAACGAUGAGCUCGAACGCCAAGUUUUGGGCAAGCCUGGGGCUUCUCGAAUCAUCCUCCUCGAUAACGAAUCCCAGUUUCCGCUCAAGUUGGCCGGGACAGCAGCCAGAUCGUGGGCGAGAACUUGA